CGUGAGUCGAUUUUCAAGCCUGCCGUAACCACAAAGCCAUACCCUUAAUACUCCACUCUUUAAAAAUUUAUACACCUGCUACCUGCUGUUUUGUCCUGUGCCGUCUCCAUCCAACCCAAGAAAAUCAAGAUCCCUUUCCCUUAUUUUUUCCCUUUUGUUUCUCCACAUUUGAUGUAUUUCGUGUGAAAGUGUCCAAGGCUUCCUUGCUAGCUGGAUAUCUCUCGUGAGGUACUUACCUGAAUCAUUCUCCCCAUCUGCCCUCCACUAUUCAACCCUCCAUACUCCAUACCCUAUCCACCAUAAUACAAUCAUCCAUUCUUCUUACUACAACGACCACCACCACCACAACAACAGCCGCCACAACAACCACAACCACAACCACAACCACAACCACAUCCACCACCACCACCACAACAAUCACAACAAUAAUCACAACCAAAACCAAGACCACCAACUUCCCUCACUCAUAUCAACUUCACUACACAAUCAUUAACCGCCUUCAUCGCCUUCUCCAACCAUUCGCCUUUCGACAACCGUAUGAGGGGUAUCAACAAGUACCUAAUAAACCUUGUUACCUGCCCUGCGAUCGAAGUGAAUCCUUUUAGUUUAUUCUUGAUAUGGGGUUAGUUUAGUUUGAUAUCGGCACCGGCACCACAACCUUUUGUCACUUACUUACCUUUCUUUCUUUCCUUCCUUCCACCUUACAUGUGCGAGGGGAGAUCUACCAACAUCCCACAGAACACAUCGGCACACCGAUAUCUCCGUACUCUUUUAUAAUUCGAUGUCGAUAAUUUAAGUUUCCUCUUCAAUUCGCGAUUAAUCUACCUACAACUUUGAUACCGGCCCCCUUUGGUGGAUUAAAUCGCCAAUAUGGUUCAAGUACCUAUAAAUACGACGGCUUCGACCUCAAACCUGCGAGCCUCACCCUCUGUCGGCACACCAAACGGUAACUCGGCUUCCAAUCGAGGAAAAUCAAAUGGAAGCGGAAAUGCUUCCAAUCCAGCCGCAGCUCCCACAGCUUUGAGUGCCAUGGUAUCCUUACCUCUGGAUUUGACCAGCGUGGAGAGGAGGGGACAGCCAACGGCUAGCCGAGAGAAUCCCAAAAAGAUGCGUCCUCAUGGUCUACAGGAAGCGCCAACAUACAGACCCACGGCAGAAGAAUUCAAGGAUCCAUAUGCAUAUGUCAGAAGUAUUGCGCCGGAAGCUUCACAAUUUGGUAUCUGCAAGAUUAUUCCUCCUGAUACCUGGAAACCAGACUUUGCGAUUGACACCGAGGUACGUUCACCACCACUUAUUAAUUUACAACAGCGACAUCGCAAUCACUUGGAAGGACUGGGGAUUUCAAUAGUCUCUAUCGCUGCAUAGGAUAUUUGCAGUCUUCAUUCUAACAACUUAUAGCAUUUCCACUUCCGCACGCGCAAACAAGAAUUAAACUCGGUCGAAGGCAGUAAGUUCGAUGGCUAACCCAUUCCCGACUCGACCCUACCAAUCUCAUCGUCGCAAUUACUAACAACUUCAAGGCACGCGAGCAAAUCUAACGUAUCUCGAUCAACUUGCGAAAUUCCAUAAACAACAUGGGACGAAUCUCAACCGAUUUCCUAGCGUCGAUAAACGACCUCUCGACUUGUACAAACUUAAGAAGGCUGUGGAAACCAGAGGUGGAUUUGAGAAAGUCUGCAAGCUCAAGAAAUGGGCAGAGAUCGGUAGAGAUUUGGGAUACAGCGGAAAGAUUAUGUCUUCGUUAUCGACGUCAUUAAAGAACUCAUAUCAAAGAUGGUUGCAUCCAUAUGAAGAAUAUCUUCGAUUGGCCAAACCAGGAGUACAUCAACAAUUAGAGUACGAAUACGGAGGACCCCUUACACCAUCUCCUGCGAAUUCACCGAUGAAGAGAUCUGUACAACAUACGCCAUCCAGUUUGAGGGGUGAAUCUCCAGCGAUGCGCGCAUCGGAUGCUCUGAACACAAGUGUAAUGAAGGAGGAAUUCGAAAAGAGCAUGAAGAAUAUCCCGAUGUUAGAUGCUCCGGUCGUACCAAAACCACAACCUACAUCUGGUUUUACUCCAGUAAAUGCUGGUGGUUUUACCGCUGUUAAUUCUACGCCUGCAUCCUUUACACCUGUCAACAACAAUAACCAUCGCCGCGAACGAGAACCAAGUGCCGGUUUUACACCAGCACCACGGAGACCAUUCGAUAGUCCGAUGUCAUCAGCUAAAAACACACCCGAGUACAAACCUUCUGCACUUAGCUCAGCACCCGUAUUAAAUGGUUUUACAUCUAAUCCAUUGCUCAAGAGACAAUUAAGUCAUGAGAGUUCGGACUCGGGUAAAGGAAGUCAACCUCCAGAAGAUUCCGAAAAUGGUGGAAGACGGAGCAAGCGACUCAAGAAAGGUAUAGUUACAAUUUCCACAUUCAUCAUGCAUUGAAUAAAUGCAUGCACCAUUGCAACAUCGAAGGUUUAAAGUAGAAACCUUGAUGUAUCAUUGGUGGUUAAGAUCCUGGACUAAUGAUACCCCUGCAGAUGCUGUACCAACUGUGGCUGGUUCACAUAUGACCCAGUUUCGACCAACACCACCUAGAAAUCCAGGUGAACGCGGGUCCUCAACACCUGGGGAGGUUAGUGAUGGUUCUUCUCUAUCUUCCCUCUCUCCUUCCAUUUAUUCAAACAUAUACUUAGAAUUUAAUCAGAAAUGUGAGACUUGUGGAAAGGGCGAUGACGCUGAUAAAAUCCUGAUUUGCGAAUCGUGCGAUUAUGGUCAUCAUAUGCAAUGUCUAGACCCUCCUGUUACUCACAAACCAGACUUCGAUUGGCAUUGUCCUAGAUGCUUAGUUGGAGAUGGUCAAUUCGGAUUCGAAGAAGGUGGAAUCUACUCACUUAAGCAGUUUCAAGAAAAGGCGGCAGACUUCAAGGAAGGAUACUUCCAAAAUAAGAUGCCAUUCGAUCCCGUGCUCAAUUGCCCACGACCUGUUACGGAAGAUGACAUCGAAAGAGAGUUCUGGCGAUUGGUUGCAAGCCUAGAGGAGACUGUCGAGGUUGAAUACGGUGCCGAUAUUCAUUCAACUACACACGGAAGUGGAUUCCCGACCAUUGAGAGACAACCACAAAACCCUUAUUCCACCGAUCCGUGGAAUUUGACAAUCAUGCCCCUGCAUGGAGAGUCUCUAUUCCGACAUAUCAAAUCGGAUAUCUCCGGUAUGACUGUACCUUGGCUUUAUGUUGGCAUGAUCUUCUCGACUUUCUGUUGGCACAAUGAGGACCACUACGCAUAUUCCGCAAACUAUCAACACUUUGGAUCUACAAAGACCUGGUACGGAAUUCCAGGAAGAUGCCGAGAAGUUCGAAGACGCCAUGCGAGAAGCUGUUCCCGAACUAUUUGAAACACAACCUGAUUUAUUGUUCCAAUUGGUCACACUUUUAACACCAGAACAAUUAAAGAAAGCUGGUGUUAGGGUAUAUGCUCUAGAUCAAAGAGCUGGUCAAUUCGUCAUCACAUUCCCUCAAGCAUACCAUGCUGGUUUCAAUCAUGGAUUUAAUUUCAAUGAAGCUGUCAAUUUUGCACCUACUGAUUGGGAACCAUUUGGAGAUUCUGGAGUCGAAAGACUUCAGCAAUUCAGAAGGCAGCCAUGCUUUUCCCACGAUGAACUCUUAUGGACUGCGGCUGAGGGUGCGGCAACUGGUGGUGUUACCAUCCAGACAGCCAAAUGGCUAGCUCCCGCUCUUGAACGACUUCGCGAUCGAGAGGUUUCACAAAGAAAAGAUUUCAUUGAUAAACACAAGGGAGAUGGUCACACUUGUGUGAUUACUGAUGUCAUUGAAGGUGCUGCUUCUAGGUGUGAGAUUGGAUUCCAGCUCGACGAAGAAGAUGUGCCGGAAGAAGAGUAUCAAUGCACGCACUGCAAAGCAUAUGCAUAUAUGUCAAGGUUUAAGUGUAAUAAGAGUGGUAAAGUCAUGUGUCUGCUCCAUGCAGGGGCUUAUGAAUG